CCGUGGACAGCUCCGCGUCUCCAGGAGAAGCAAUCCUAGCAAUCCUACUUUAGAACGGAUGGAUUCUGGACUCCAUAAGAUCUCUUUUGAAAUGAACGGGAAACAGGGUUAUGCGCCGAAAUAACAAGGUGUAAACAGGUAGUGAAAGGUUUACUAGCCGUUCCCUCCUGGCACCAACAACAAACCCCAAUCAAACAGCUAUGAGUGAACUUCUAGCAUACAUCCUUGCACAUGAAGAGUCUUUCCGAAGAGCUCGACUUCCUUCUCUCUACUCAGACUUCUCCACCCAACGGAAUACCAAUCCAGACGGAUAUGCGACAAACGUCGCUGCAUGGCAGCGAGCGCUAGCUCAUGCUGCUCUUGCGGGCGUCAUAGAUUCUUCUUCGCCAGGAAGCAGACACCAUGGAGAGGAAGGAACAGCAGCCAGAGGUGAUUUGCUCGUGCUGAGGACGGGCAACGCGCUUAUGGCAGAGCUGGAGACGCAAGAAUGGGGCCGCCCGGUAGCAUUACAGACUACCAUUGAUGAAGCGAUCCGAUGUAAUUCCAUGAUACCCCUAGAUGCCUUUCAAACUAGCUCCACUAGUCCAUUCAAAACAUCGUGGAUACGUCUCCCCCCCCCUCCAACAAUAUCACAAGUUAUGGGUUGGAGUAUGAAGCAGUUAAGGGCCUUCCUAUUCGAUUCCGAAGGUCAUUCAGGUGGAUCAGGAAAUUUACAAGUUAUGAAUUUGGUUUUGGUGGAUAAUUUAAAGGAAGUUGGGAAACGCAUCGUUGCAACAGCCUCAAGCUCCCAUAGGUCAAAUACCGACCUUAUAUACUCAAAAGAACUUUUCACGAAGCGAUUUGCAAAUAUAGGUGGAGGAGCCGUGUUAUCAAACUUGGAUGUCGAUGUCCUCCUGACAUUCUUAUCUAGGGAUGAAAACGCGAUUCUUUAUGAUGGAGAGACGGUUAAAUUUAAAAGCGCCAAAAACAACGUUAACUCAAUAACACACGAAGAUCGGACGAUCGCGUCUUUGAAAACGUUAAUAUCAAAUUUGAUCGGACAAGUCGCACUUCUCGAGUCGAAAAUCAAGGAAUCGUCAUUGAGAGCGAAGGAUGCAGUGACAAACAAGAACCGAGUGGUCGCUCUGUCUGCACUGAGGUCCAAAAAGAUGGCAGAAAACAAUCUCAAGCAACGGACAGAUACUUUACUCCAACUCGAAGAAGUCUACAUGAAACUGGAGCAGGCAGCAGACCAGAUAGAUAUCGUACGAGUCAUGGAAGCCAGCGCCGGCGCCCUUCGAUCCUUACAUGCCCAAGUCGGUGGGGUGGAGAGAGUCGAAGACGUUCUGGAAGAGCUGCGAGAGGAGAUGAGUAAGGUCGAUGAAGUUGGGAAUAUCAUCAAUGAGGCUGGAGAAGCAGUUGAUGAAGACGAGCUGGACGAUGAGCUUGCCUCUAUGGAGAAACAGGAACGAGAAGCACGCGAUGCUGAGGAAGCGGAAGCAACGCAACGAAAAUUGGCGGAGCUUGAACGAUUCGAGAAAUCAGCGAUUGAAGCUGAAGCGCGGCGUAAAGCUGAGAAAGAGAAUGCAACGGUAGUAGACUACGACUCCGAGCUUGACGAUAGCAUUGGAAAAUUAUCAAAUAUGUCUAUCGAAGACAGGGAGAAUACGGAGGCGCAGAAAGCUGAACAGGUUAUAGCAGAAUAGAUACCCCGGAGGCAAUGGCACAAUUUUGGGAGACAAAUACUGCUCGUACCAUGUAUUGGAUACAUUUAUUCGUUAGCCUUAAAACGCCACUAGAACACCAUUCGAUCUCGAAAAGGAGAAAGAUAUAUCACUCCACAGCGUCCUCUAAAAUUCUCUGUCUAUCAAGUUCCAUGCCCACACUUUGAUCCUCUCCAUUUACCUCAUUCACAGCACCACCAAUUGCAUCAUUUUUCGAUUCACUCUCGACUCCCUGAGUCUCAUGUCGAGUGUCACGUGGAGCUGAUUUGGUUAUAGCUGGAUCACGUUCAUUGCCUGCGGUUCCCGCGCCUUCAUCUGUUGUUAGAGCGGUUUCGGAAUGAGCCACCUGCACCAUUUGUUGCGUUUUUCUGCGAGCAUUGGCAAUGAGUGCCUUAUAGUCGUCACCAUACGUUGUCGUCCAAGCGGAGGCAUCGAAAUCCUUGCGCAUUACUGAAGAUGUUGAGAUACCAGCAGUUGGUGCCUGACCACCCUGUGUCCGCUCCCAGAUAUCGAGUUCCCGUAAUAGCUCCCGUUUCGAUUUAGGUACCUUGGAAUCACAGUUUGCAUUCCAUAUAUUCAUCCACUCCGUGUGCCUCUUUUGUAACAAGGGUUUAGGACCCCAGUCGGCAAUUCCUAGCUCCUUGAGCUUUCGCCGCAGAACUGUGUCCUUCAGGAGCGAGUAGUUUAAUGUCGGGAGGCGUUUUGGGGUAUUUGUUGGAGCAUGACUUCGUAAAGGUCUUAGGUUAUAUUAGUAACGAUUAUCAUAUCUCUCAUUCCUAAUUCGAAAAUUGCUUAACAUACCCAAAUGAUACGGACGGCUUCGGUGGAUCUGAGGAGCCAGUGCAACUAUCCAAAUGGGCGAAUACAGCCUCAUUUUUCAUUCUCCGCUGGCAGACUGGGCAUGCAACAAGGGCAUCAUCUAGAUGUAUUUAGCUUGUGCAGAAAACAGACGUCGCGAAAAGUGAGAGGAAUACCUCGUUCCAAAUCCUCAUCCUCCGUAUCUUCAAUAACCUCCACCUGUGUUUGCAGACCUUUAUCCUCCGAUCUUCUACUUUGUGAACGUGUUCUCCGGCCCUUAGCACGGGUCGCUGCAUUGCCAUUCUCCGGCGCAGAUACCCCUGAAUCUAUCUUCCGCUUCUUCGCUGCAGGCAGUUGGAGGUCUUCCUCCGGCUCAUCCGUUCUCACAGUAGCAGUUCUCGCAAACUCCAAAACGCUAGGUCUUGCCAGCUUAAAAGAGUCUACCAUCUCCUGCAUCGCCCAGUCCCUUCGCAGCUUGAGUUCCUGAUCCGCGGUCCUGCAGGCGGGACAUUUCCCCUCCGUACUUAGACAUCGGCGUAUACAUAGAGAGCAGAAGGUAUGUGAACAAGAGGUGAUGACGGGAUUAUCGAAGAAGUCUUUGCAUACUUGACAUCGUAGGGCGGAUUCUACACGGGCGAGCUGGGAGAGGGGCGUGCCGAGCCAAUCUGUCGAGUCCGUGAUGUCGUAGGCAUGAUCCAUUUACACUGAAGUUUCGUGUACGGAGAGAAGGGUGGUGAAAUUGAGAGUAAAGGGGAAGAAAGGGGUAUUCAAACAUAAAGGAGUACCGUUGUUUCUUUAACUAAUAUAUAUGAUCUUGCAGCUGUAA